AUGUUUCCUCUCUUCACAGCAUCCAGCUGCCUCGACCAUGCGCUGCUACCACGCGUGGCUGGCGCAUGCGCUGUCGCGCACGAGGCGCAAGAUUCUUCGAGUAAAGUUUUCGUGAUUAAGGGUCUUGGGGAGCGGGAGCCUGUGUUGUUGCGUUGGGCCAGGGGUCGUCACGCAAGUAGGGAGGGUUGGGCGAGGUGGGGGGACGGUGUGAGAGACAGUUCGGAUCUCGGGUGUCUGCCUGGGUGGUCUUGGUAUGCAGGUCUCCAGAAGUUAGAUAGGUUGAGCAUGCGUGUAUUGGCAGCAAGUGAGGUCCUGCGUAAACCUGCUGGUGGUCAAUGGCGGGACAGCAUGGGUGUUGAAGUUGGAGGCGCGAAUCGUAAUUACGACAUAACAUGUGGAAUGAAUGGUAUCGGUGGUAGAUCUAUCACCUGUCGAAGUUUCGCUCUAUCCAGGAAUAAUUAG